AUGCCAGGCCGUCUCGAAGGAAAGAUUGCCCUCAUCUCCGGUUCGACGCAAGGGUUCGGACGUGGGAUCCUGGAGACCUUUGUACGAGAGGGGGCAGUCGUGCUGGGCAUGGACUUGCAGGCUGUCGACGGUCCAGUCGACGGGUAUCCUGAGCAUCAGGCCUACCAGAUCAAGGCCAACGUGGCCGAGGAAGAGAGCUGGAAAAAGGCACUCUCGACAUCCAUCGCACGAUUCGGACAUGCGCCCUCGAUUGUUGUACACAAUGCCGGAUGGUCGUACCCUAAUAAAUCCGGUCUCGACGUGACGGUGGACGAAUUCGACCGUCUCUUCAACGUCAACGUCCGCAGCAUCUAUCUGGCGUCCAGGGUCCUCAUUCCUGAGAUGAAGAAGAAUGGCCCCGGCUCAACGGUGGUCAUCUCUAGUGAGAAUGCCAUCCGACCCGGGGCGACCCAAACCUGGUACAACGCCACCAAGGCGGGGGUCUCCUCGGCGACCAAGUCCAUGGCGCUGGAGUUCGCCCGGGACCAGCUGCGCUUCAACACGAUCUGUCCGACUUCGGGAAACACGCCGCUGCUAAACAAGUUUGCUGGGAUUGGCGAUGGGCCUGUCCCGGCGGAGAUCAUCAAGGCCAAGUGUGAGGCGAUCCCGAUCGGCCGUUUGGUGGAGCCGUCAGAUGUCGCCAACGUUGCUCUGUUUUUGGCUGAGCCGGCGAGCUCGAUCAUUAGUGGGGUGGAGAUUUUGGUUGAUGACCUCAUCCCGAACUCUCCCCGCCCCCUCCUCCACUACAAGAACGUCCUUCCCCGACACCCCAUCACAAAGCAGUGCUCCCCAGCCGACACAUGGAAGCUCUUCACCAGCAACAAAUGGUCCGUCCACUGGAUCUUCCGCUACAGCCACACACAAGUCUCACACUACCACUCACAAGCGCACGAAUGCAUGGCCGUCCUCUCCGGCACAGCGCGCAUCCGCUUCGGCGUCGCGGACACCUCGCCCGACAUGGAAGCCAAUACCGAGGGCACCGCCCACGAAGCCGGCGGCGUCGAGCUAGACGCCGAAGCGGGCGACGUGUUUGUCAUCCCCGCGGGGGUGGCGCACAAGACGCACCACACGCGCCCAGCCGCUGACUUCGCCCUACUGUCGCCGGGGACGGGGCAUGGCAUUGAGGCCGAGGACCCCCAGGCGGCGCUUGGAGAGGUCCAACUGGAUGGGUUCACUAUGAUGGGGGCGUAUUGCGGGGGUGAUUGGGACUUUCUGGCUGCUGGGGGGGUGUUUGAGACCGUGUGGGCGGUGCCGAAGCCGCGGUUGGAUCCGGUUUGGGGGAGCUCGUCGGUGGGGCUUUGUAAGACGUGGAUGGGGAGCGGGGUUGCGGCGAGGUCGAAGAUUUAG